AAUUAACUCCAUCUCUACUGCACCAUGUCCGCCACGGAUCCUACUCCCGCUCGAACCCCUCGGCUUGAACAGGCCAUCACCAAUCCGGGGACCGUCAAGAUCAAUGUUAAGGGAGCUUUCAUUGUGGACGAUGACCCUCGGUCCAAGAGUCCUGUAAGGGAAGAGGGCGUUCACUACGAGGGUCAGGACAUUCGCCUACCCCAUCAUACUGGUGUGGUAAGCCAUGUUGCUGUCGAUAUCGGCGGUUCUCUAGCGAAGCUGGUAUACUUCACACGUGAGCUGGACUCACCAGACAAUGGCGGGCGGUUGAACUUUAUCAACUUCGAGACUGAUCGGAUAAACCUUUGUCUGGAAUUCAUCAAACGGCUGAAGGAAGAGCACCGGGAUUCCAAUGGAGGUACCAAGGAGGAACUUUGUGUUGUUGCUACAGGUGGAGGCGCCUACAAGUAUUACGACAAACUCAAGGAAACAUUGAACGUGGACAUUAUGCGGGAAGAUGAGAUGGAAUGCCUCAUAACAGGACUUGACUUUUUCAUCACCGAGAUACCGAACGAAAUUUUCACGUACAGCGAGACUGAGCCGAUGCAAUUUGCCGAGGCCCGACCGGAUGUGUAUCCGUACCUCUUAGUGAACAUCGGCUCCGGAGUGUCUAUGAUCAAAGUGUCGGGGCCAAAACAGUUUCAGCGUGUUGGCGGAACGCACCUGGGUGGUGGAACAUUCUGGGGCAUCAUGUCAUUAUUGACUGGCGCCCGAACUUUUGACGACAUGCUAGCAAUGGCGGACCGAGGGGAUAACAGCGGCGUGGACAUGUUAGUUGGCGACAUCUACGGGAUGGACUACGGAAAGAUAGGUCUCAAGAGCACGGCCAUCGCCAGCACAUUUGGGAAGGUCUUCCGGCUACAGAACCGCGAGCGGGUGGCGAGCGAUGGGGAGGCACCGCAGGACGGGUCUCGCCAAAAGGCCGACGAGCCGAUAUUUAAGCACGAAGAUAUGAGCAGAAGCCUACUAUACGCCAUAAGUAAUAAUAUUGGACAAAUCGCAUACUUGCAGUCCGAAAAGCACCAGGUCAAGCACAUCUACUUCGGUGGCUCGUUCAUUCGAGGACACCGACAAACUAUGAACACAUUAUCCUACGCUAUCCGUUUCUGGUCCAAAGGCGAAAAGCAGGCAUACUUUCUCCGCCAUGAGGGCUACAUCGGCGCAGUCGGCGCGUUUCUACGAAGAAAGCCAGUUAACUGGGGCCGCCGGAACAGUAUUGAUGAGCACGUGCCUGCUCAAGGGCUCUAA